AUGGGGAGAUGUUUGAUGCUGAUGUUACUGAUCAAAAUCAUCACUGCAGACCAUGUGAAUGUGAGGUUGGUUGGUGGUCACAGUCGCUGUUCUGGUAGAGUGGAGGUUCAUCAUAGAGGUCAGUGGGGAACAGUGUGUGAUGAUGACUGGGAUUUGGCUGAUGCUGCAGUGGUGUGUAGAGAGCUGGACUGUGGAGAACCUGUAGAUGCUCUGGCUGAUGCUCGUUUUGGACCAGGAUCAGGACCAAUCUGGAUGAGUUUUGUCAUGUGUGCUGGAUCAGAGUCUACACUGAAGAACUGUGGGUCAGCAGGAUGGGGUAAACAUAUGUGUGAUCACAGUAAAGAUGCUGGAGUUAUCUGCUCAGGUGUCAGGCUUAUUGGAAACACCAGAUGCUCUGGGAGGUUAGAAAUACUUGAUGAUCAGUCGUGGGUUUCAGUGUGUGCUGAUGCCUUUGACCAGCAGGAUGCAGAGGUUGUGUGUAGAGAGCUGGACUGUGGGGCUCCUGUACAGGUGCUGGGAGAAGAUGUUUUUGGCAAAGGAGACGCUCAGAUGUGGACACAAGAGAUUCAGUGCAGAGGAAAUGAGUCUCAGAUUCACCUCUGUCCAACAUUACCAUCACAUGAAAACAACUGUUCAAAUGACAAUGAUAUUGGAUUGAUAUGUGCAGACAACAUGAGAGUGAGGUUGGUUGGUGGUACCAAUCGCUGUGCUGGUAGAGUGGAGGUUCAUCAUAGAGGUCAGUGGGGAACAGUGUGCGGUAUUGGCUGGGAUUUGGCUGAUGCUGCAGUGGUGUGUAGAGAGCUGGACUGUGGAGAACCUGUAGAUGCUCUGAGUGAUGCUCAUUUUGGACCAGGAUCAGGACAAGUCUGGACAAAUCGCAAGAUAUGUAUUGGAUCAGAGUCAACACUGAAGAACUGUAGGUCAACAGGAUGGGGUAAAAGUCCCUGUGAUCAUAGUAAAGAUGCUGGAGUCAUUUGCUCAGGUGUCAGGCUUAUUGGAAACUCCAGCUGCUCUGGGAGGUUAGAGAUACUUGAUGAUCAGACGUGGGUUUCAGUGUGUGCUGCUGCCUUUGACCAGCAGGAUGCAGAGGUUGUGUGUAGAGAGCUGGACUGUGGGGCUCCUGUACAGGUGCUGGGAGAAGAUGCUUUUGGAAAAGGAGACGCUCAGAUGUGGACACAAGAGAUUCAGUGCAGAGGAAAUGAGUCUCAGAUUCACCUCUGUCCAACAUCACCAUCACUUGAAAAUACCUGUUCUAAUGACAAUGAUAUUGGAUUGAUAUGUGCAGGUUAG